AUGGCUGCGUCCGGCAAGGGGGCGUCGCGAUGGGGCUCGUUCCUGCAGCAGGCCGUGGCCGGAGUUGAGUCGCGCUUGGAUACGAUUCUGGCCGAGUCGGACGACGAUCGGGGGGCGGCGCAACCUGCUGCGACGACGACGACGACGACGACGACGACGACGACAAGCGCAGCCAGCGCAAAGGCGUCGACAAACUCCCGAGCGUCGUCGACGAAUCGCGCAAAUGACCGGCUGCAGGCGAGGCUGGCCAAGGCCAUGGCGGGCAAGAAUGCGCCGACGGCGGCGGGCGUCGAUAGGGCCAGCGCCUCGCCGCGCAGCUCUGUCGAUGUAGCCAGUCGGAGUUCCACGGAGAGGCCGUCGAUGGACAAGGCGGAGGCCGAGAAGCAGGCUGAGACCGAGACCGCGGCCGAGUCCACGCAGACGACUGCCGAUUCGGCGACUACUGCUACCUCUACGACUUCGACGGCGACGACGAUACCGAUACCGAUCACGAUCACGGACGGGGAUACGGCCGCUGAGGUUGCGGUGCAGACAGCUCCCGAAGAGGCAAAAGAAAAGGACCCGGCGUCAGGGCCUCGCGUACAACAAGAGUCGGAAGAGGCGCCCUCAAAAGAAGACGGGACUGCUUCGCUACCACCAGGCAAGGACGGAGCCUCAACAGAACCCAGUCAUGGAGCUACGGAAGUGGUAGAAAAUGGCGUCGACGUGUCCGAACUGGCCCGAGAACUUGAGGAGGCCAAAAAGCAGCAUCGGGAGGAGAUACAAGAGUACAUCGAGCGGAUAGACUCCCUGCAGUCCAAGCUCCAGUACCUCUCCAAGACGGCCGCCGACGCAGCAAAAGAGGCCGCAUCUUCGGCUCCUCCCGGCAGCCUCGAGAAGAAACUAGCAGAAAAGGACGAGCGGAUCGCGCUGCUGAUGGAGGAGGGUCAGAAACUGGCCGGCGCGGAGCAAAAGUACCGAGCGACGAUCAAGACGCUGCGGCUGCAAAUCGGCGAGCGGGACAAGCAGCUCGACGAGGCGCGGAAAGCGAGGGACAAGGCGGCUUCGGAAGCCGAGGCAUUGCGCAAACGCUUGGACGGAGAUGAAGAGAAGGAAAGGCGGCAACAGGAGGCGAUCAAGGCCACUGCGGCCCUGCGGAAGGAGAUUGACGGUCUGAAGAAGGAAAACAGCAGCAAAGACGCGGCCAUUCGCCGGCUGGAGCAGGAAGUCAAGGCCAAAGAGGAGCAAGGCGAGGCUGCCAAGGCUGAUGCCCUGAGCAAGGCGAUAGCCGCAGAGCGAGCGAAGCAGAAGGAGCUCGAGGAGGCCAACGCCGCCCUCAAAUCCGAAUUGGAGGCUCUGAGCGAAAAGGCCCGACUGGACGCCAUAGAAUGGGCGGAGAAGCACGAGCGCGCGAUCCGGCGUGGCAGCGCCAUCGAAGCCGAGCUACGGCUCGAGCUCCAGAACAUGGAGCGCAAGCUGGAAGUCGUGCGGGUGACGGCGGAAGAGGCCGCGUCAGGCACAGGCGGCGAGGCCCAGGUGAAGCUGUUCCGGCAGAUUGAGACGCUGCAGUCCCAGUACGCAACGGCCAGGCAGAACUGGCAGGGCAUUGAGGCCUCCUUGAUGGCCAAGACGACGAGCCUGGAGAGGGAGAGGGACGAGGCCGAGCGCCGAGAGUCGGAGAUGCGUAAGAAGGCGCGGGAUGCGGUGAGCUUAACUGGAUAUCCUCAUACAUCAUCCGCCAAACGCAGCAGAGCCUUGGAAGAUGAGCUGCAAGACGCUCAACUGCAGCUGGAGGCUUGCCGUGAGGAGCUGGCCGCCCUCAAAAAGUCGACCAAGGCCACAGAAGCGGCCCUCGAACAAGUCCGCGCCGAGCUCGACAAGGAGAAGCGAGCAGCGAGCAGAAGCUUUUCGAACGAGUCGGGACGGCAGUGGGUCGACGAGGUCGCAGGGGCGACAUCGCGGAUGCAGAGCCGUCCAGAGUCGCCGCUGCUCUCCGUGCCGCGGACGUUCAGCUCCGAGGCUGUUGGCCUGUCCGUGCCCCCCAGCCGCAUACGACGAUCCCCUACGCCCGUGAGCAUCGCGGACAAUAACGCAACAGAAGGGCUCGGCAUUCUUCGGCGGCCUCCGCACAUGCCGACUCGUACAGGGACAGGGACGUCGUCCAUUACGGGAUCCAUUCCUCCCACGCCUUUCUCGCCUCUCGAGCCGCCCCUGGGAUCACCUCCCGCGAUUCCCCCCUCCGUAACGGAGAGGGAUAGGGAGAACGGGAUCAGCGACGAUACAGCCCCCUCUUCGCCUCAGAACAUUGCGCAGGACAUGAUUUCCGUGUCGACGGUGGCGGCGGGGCCGUCCGUGCAGCUGGUGGAGAGGAUGAGCGCCGCGAUCCGCCGCCUGGAGGCCGAACGAGUGGCCGCCAAGGAGGAGAUGGCCCGGGUGUGCAGCCAGCGGGACGAGGCGAGGGCGGACAUGGUGGGCCUGAUGAAGGAGCUGGAGGAGGCCAAGGCGGCGACGGCGAGGGUGCGGGAGCUGGAGAAGGAGGUGGCCGAGCUGGACACGCGGUACCAGACCACGCUGGAGCUGCUGGGGGAGAAGAGCGAGCUGGUGGAGGAGCUGAGGGCGGAUGUUGACGAUGUCAAGGCCAUGUAUCGGGAGCUGGUGGAGCGUACGGUCAAGUAA